AUGUCUACCAACGGUGAUAUCCCUUCACCUUCUUCAUCAGGUGAAGAAUCUUACGAUGAAUCAGACGCCUCUGAUGGUACUACUGAGCCACGAUAUACACCUAAAGAACUUCAGGCUAUAUUUGUUGACUUUUAUUCAUUCAUGACCACCCUCACGUAUGAUAAAUCGCAUCUCAAGAUUCCCCCACCUAUUGGAUGGCCACAGAUUACACCCGAGUCUUGUGGACACUACAAAUCCGACUACGCUAUCGAGGUGAUCCGACAUUUACCAUAUUUCGACAGCAACUGCAAAUCUUACAUCCAUUACAAAUCGAAACUCGUGGAUCUCACUGGUUUUUCACUACAAGACUUUGAGAGACAUAAAGGCCGUUAUAAGAACUGGGAGUUCUGGUCAUCGGAGGGAGAAUUGAGGGAUAAUGGCGAUGUUGUAUGCAUUGCUGUAGGUUAUGAGAGCUUCGGCCGUGAGCUGUGGUUGAAUGUUAUAGAUUGUGAAAUCUUUGAGGAUUUCCAUGCAGGCGAUAUGCUGGAUGCUGUUCCAGUUGAAACUUUCUUUGCAAAUCUCAGGGAGAAGUACGAGACCUUGAAGCUCAUUCCUGGAAAAGGCAGGAUUACAAUCGAAGCAGAGGAUGUCCCUGAGCAUGUCGGAAGGAUUACAGAGGAGGAGGUCAACAAUCAAAAAGAAGAAUGGGGGACCGACUUGGAUAUCCAAUAUGUGAGGCAGGUAUAUCGUGACCAUAAUUGGCCACGAUCUUUUGAUCUAGAGGCAGCUUCUUUGGCAAUUGAUAAUUGGCUAGAUCCUUCAGGAGAAAGUUUAGGAUGCGGUCCCAGAGGAUAUGGAUGGCCAGAAAGCCCACCUGAUUGGGAUGCAUCACCAUGGACAUAA